ACCCCUCACUUUUUAGCUGUAGCUGGGCGCGCUCUCUCUCCCUCAGUUGGGAGAGGAGAGGAGAGCACAGCAGACCCACCUCCCAUACAUACAUACAUACAUACAUACAUACAUACACGCGCCUCACCUUCGUCUCUUCUCGGAGCGCCAACUCGCUUCUGCUGUCCUUGUUCACCAGCUGUGUACUUCUCUUGCAUGCCUGCCUGCGCUUGGUCGCCGAGGGGAGUGCCGCUGCUCGUGUCGGCCGCUGCGCUGUGACCGAGCUCCGGGGAUGGCUGAGGCUGACCGGAUGCGCCUGCGCGCCGCGGCGCUCGCGCUCCACGACGACGAGGGCGUCAGGGACAAGCCGGACCGGAAGGCGGACGUCUUCGCGGAUCUCGGCUCGCCGGUCUCGCCGCUGCGCCUGCGCCCGGCCGCGGCGACGCCGUCGUCCUCGUCCUCGUCGGCCGGGUCCGCCAAGUCGCCGGCGCCGGGCAAUGCGGCUGCGGCGGCCGUGGGGAGAGGCGGCAGCCUGGGGAACCACUCGGGCGAGCUGGACGGCAGCAACCCGCCGCGCCCGCCCGGCCACCGCCGCUCCGGAUCUGGCCCGCUGAUUUUCUCCGGCGGCAGCAGCAGCGCGGGGAGCGUCGGGGGAUGCGUCGGCGGCGGCGGGAGCACCGCGAGCUCGCCGCUCACCAAUGCGCUUCCCACCGGCAACAUCUGCCCGUCAGGCCGCGUCGCGGGGGCGGCGGCCGCGCCCCAGCCGCCGCGCGCUCGCCCGGUCGUGCUCGGAUCCGGCAUGGGGCACUACGGCCACGGCAGCAUCAUGCGCGGCGGCGGUGGAAGUGCCGGAGGAGCUACUCCCGCGAGAAUCAGCAUUGACGCGGCUCCGCUCCACAGCAGCUCGUCGAGGUCUCCGGCGAGCUGCCCGGCGCCGCCGCCGGCCAGCAGUGCUGGUCUUCAAGAAAUCACUCGCACCGGGAACGAGUGGUACAAGAAGGGCCGCUACGGGGAGGCGCUGAGGCACUACGACCGUGCCGUGGCGCUGUGCCCCGACAGCGCCGCAUGCCGCGGCAACCGCGCCGCCGCGCUCAUCGGGCUCGGCCGACUGGCAGAAGCCUUCCGCGAGUGUGAGGAGGCCGUCCGUCUCGAUCCGGCGAGCGGCCGGGCGCACGGCCGCCUCGCCGGCUUAUGCGUCCGGCUUGGGAUGGUUGACAAGGCAAGGAUGCACUUCACACUGGCUGGGAGUGUAAACCCAUCUGAUCAUGCUGAGUGGCAGAAGCUGCAUGAGGUGGAAAGCCAUCAGGGGAGAUGCAUGGAUGCAAGGAAAAUCGGAGAUUGGAAGAGCGCACUACGGGAAGCUGAUGCGGCGAUUGCCAAUGGAGCGGACUCCUCUCAAUUGCUUCUUUCCUUGAGGUCAGAAGCACUUCUUCGGUUGCACAAGUUAGAGGAAGCUGAUUCAACUAUUACAAGUUUAUUGAAAUUGGACAAUGCAUCACUACCUUCAAUACCAACCAAACUCUCAGGCAUGGCAUCUGAUUCUUAUAUGCUUAUUGUCCAAGCCCAGGUCAACAUGGCAUUCGGAAGGUUUGAUUCAGCUGUUGCAUUGGCUGAGAAGGCUAGACUUAUUGAUCGUGGUAACUCAGAAGUUGAAGUGAUCGUAAAUAAUGUGAGGCUAGUUGCAAUGGCUCGAACCCAGGGGAAUGACCUUUUUAAGGCUGGCAAGUUUGCUGAGGCGUCCAUAGCCUAUGGAGAGGGGCUCAAAUAUGAUCCCUCAAAUUCGGUACUGUACUGCAAUCGGGCAGCUUGCUGGUUGAAGUUAGGUUGGUGGGUUAAAGCUGUUGAGGACUGCAAUGAGGCCCUAAGAGUCCAACCUAACUACACAAAGGCUUUGUUAAGACGUGCAGCAUCCUAUGCAAAGCUUGAGCGUUGGGCUGAUUGUGUGCGGGACUAUGAGGUGCUGCGCAAGGAUCUUCCUGGUGACACAGAGGUUGCAGAAUCUUUAUUCCGUGCACAAGUCGCAUUGAAGACAGCCCGUGGAGAGGAGGUGUCAAAUAUGAAGUUUGGAGGGGAAGUUGAGGCAGUUACCAGCUUAGAGCAACUCCGAGAUGCUAUCCAUUCACCUGGUGUAUGUGUUCUUUACUUCAUGGCAACAAUGAAUCAGCAAUGCGCACAGAUUUCCCCAUCCGUGGACUCCCUUUUCUCCGAGUGCCCUUCAGUGAAUUUCCUGAAGGUAAAUGUUGAUGAGAGUCCUAUGGUUGCAAGGGCAGAGAACGUGCGCGUCGUCCCAACCUUCAAGAUUUACAAGGAUGGCACGAGAGUGAAGGAGAUGAUCUGCCCUAGCUUACAGGUCUUGCGCUAUUCGGUGAGGCACUAUGCUGUCUCCAGCUCGUAAGGUCUGGUACUCAGUUCUUUGGUCCUGCUAGUGUCCACCUGCCAACAUUUCACCAACAAUUGUUCCUAUUUAAUAUUAUCACAGCCUCCACAGCAUUUCACCAGAUCGGUAUAACCCCCUAUUAGGCAUGUUGAGCAAGCUUGGUAUACAAAGAAGGAACCUCCUAUGCAUUUCCCCCUUCCAUGUGUUGCUAGUCUUGUGCAUUCCUCCUCUUGCAACUAUUCCUACCCACCAUUUGACCCAGCUUAAGCAACCCUUCCAUCUCAUGCAUCGCUUGGCUUUGCGCCUAAAUGAUAAUUGCACUCCUGAAGAAAGCCUCCCUGUGAUGUUCCUUGGAUGCAUGUCGCUGUAGAGACGAGAAUAGAUGGCUGGCUGGUUUUCCCAUUACAUGUACAUAUAGCAUAUAGCAAUACAUUAAAACCAUUGAUAGAUUGGUUUUCUGGUGGAGAGAAGGUGGUACCAGAUUUGAGCAUUUUGCGGCCGAUGGAGAUUGGAGAGUAGAGGUGUAGUAGUUGCCUUUGUAGAGGAGGGAUAGAUGAAGAAAGAUAUAAUGUAUUAUUGGUAUGUAGAGAGAUAAAGAGGGAGGUGGCUGGUGUCGUUGAUGUCAUUUGCAUAGAUAUGCCUUUCUGGUGGUCUGUGGCGCUGAUAUACAUAUAUAUAGUUCAUGCUGACAUUGGUUUCUAUGAAUAAAAAGAUAGCUCGA